AUGACAGCCCGGAUCGAGACCAGCAUGGGGUCGUUGCGGAUCAGGCUGCACUACACCAAGACGCCUCUGACCAGCCGAAACUUCCUAGAGCUCGCCAAGUCAGGGUAUUACGACGGCUGCAUCGUCCACCGGGUCGUCAAAGGCUUCAUGAUGCAGACAGGCGAUCCCGAUCCCAGCACUUCGAACGGCAGUGGUGGGGAGUCAAUUUACGGCCCGACUUUCCAAGACGAGAUCGUCGCGAGCCUCUCCCACGAUCGAGUGGGUGUUGUAUCCAUGGCAAAUGCAGGAUUCAACACAAACUCGUCCCAGUUCUUCAUCACUUUCCAGGCCAGCGAGCACCUUGAUGGAAAGCACACGAUCUUCGGGCAAGUAGAGGAGUCGGACCUCGCAACUUUGCGGGAGAUCGAGCAGGUGAAGGUGAAGGGCGACAGGCCGUCCAAGCCAAUCAAAGUCUUUGGCAUCCACGUGGAAGAAGACCCCUGGGCUGGCCAACCGCUGCCUCCGGGGGCAGCGAUUCCUGACAAGCCGCUGGUCAACGAGGACAAGCAGUGCGCAUUGCAGUAG